GUCGGCAGUGCGUCGGUAUCGUCGGCAGUGCGUCGGUGUCGUCGCGUCGGCGCCGCCCCGCGAGCCCGUCCCUCCGCGGUGGGCGGUCCGACAGCAGUUCGCGCAGUGGCCGCAGCGCGGCGCUACCGUCGCAGCCGGCCGGUAUCUGCCCUGAGUUGUCCUCCGGCUGGGGAAGGGCGCUGGUCCAGGCCGCUUUAUCUGGUCACAGCCGGGAUGGCUGCCCAGCGCCUGGAGUCGGAGGGUAGCCUGCUGGCCACGGAGGCUCCCAACGUGCUGUGCACGCGGCUGCCGGGCCACUGGCGCUCCAACAAGACGCUACCGACGUGUUUCCGCGUGGUGUCACUAGAUGGCAUUAGUGACGGCACGGAGGUCAUCCUGCGGGCUGGCAAUGAGGACAAUCCGUGUGCCGAGGUCCGUAACAACCGGGCCGUCAUGAAGGGUCAGGUGGCCAAGUUCUCCGACCUGAGGUUCGUCGGCAGAAGCGGUAGAGGGAAGCAGCUCAACGUGAGCAUCACGCUGAUUACCAAGCCGAUGCAGGUGGUGAUGAUCGGCAGGGCGAUCAAGGUCACCGUGGACGGACCCAGGGACCCGCGCAACAAGUCACGUUGCGACUUCUACCCUGGCCUGGGCUUCCCGAACCCGUGGCUGGAACAUCGUCUGGCAGGUCACCUGCCCCCGCUGGCUGCCGCCUGGUUACCUGGCUUCCCGGGCCACCCGGCGGCCGACCCACGCCUCAGCGAGGCUCUCCUGCACGGCCUGAACGGUGGUCUGGCCCGCUCGCCGCUGACCUGCCUGUCCAGCCGGGCGCCGCUGCUGACCAGCGCCCCACUCCCUCCCCCCGCCGGGGGAUACGGGGCGCCGGGGCCGCGGUCCGCCUUCCACGCCCGUGCGCGGCCGGCCGCCGAGCCGGGAUGGUCGCCGCUGGCUCUGCUGGUGCCAUUUCCCUCUGAGGCGGCGGGCACCCCGCGGUGCCGUCGGAUCGUUCACAUCUAUGUCCGGAAGCUGCGCCACUGA